AUGCCACGAAGGAGAGAUCCCUUUCCUUUACAUGAGAACACCUUCUCAUUGACUGGGGCAAGGCAGUGUCAGGUAGACCUACAUUGCUGCCAUAGCACUGAUUAUACUUUUGGGGGUCAAAUAUUUUAAAACCUUAUGAAGUAGGUCUAACGUUAAAUUAUUUCCAUUAUUUUAUCACUUAGCUUAUGCAUUCUUUCCAACUGCCCAGAAAGAGCCGUUUGAUAAACCAACUCACAUAAUUUAAAAUGACGAACCGUGGAGUCAUCUGAUUGACAUGGCAACUCUGGCUUGCAUCAGAAGGAAUGUCCUGUAUCAUUACUGGCAGGUAGGCUAAUAUUCGAGCUCUUGAAGUCCUAUUAUCAGCUUGACACAAAUGGCAACAUGAAAAAACAAGUAAGCCUACUAGCCAAAUGUAUCUAGCACAAUAUAAACUUUAACUUCAUUGAUUCAUACGCACAUUCUACAGAAACUGAAGACAUGCCGAAUUUACAUCAUAAAAUUACAUAUAAAUGAAUUUACAAUCAUCUAUCCCAUCCAAGGCACCUAAAGACAACCUAGACUUCCAUCUGAAAUCAACAAAUGAACACCACCAAGAGUUCUUCGGUAGUAAGAACUUGACCUUAUACCAGAGGGAGACUGUUACUGACAACCAU